AUGCCUAUUACAAUCACUGCUGCUAUCCUCAAUGACCCCUUGGCCGGGGCUGCGGAUUUUUCUUCGGAAAGAAAGGACUUAUUUCGCGAUAUUGUUGUCCCGGGAGAAGUCAUAUUCAUGUCGGGAUCAAAUUUAAUUACCGGUCACGGGACUUACCGCCCUGACUCCGCUGACCCUUCGGCGCAGCGUACCGAAUCUCUUUUGCCGCAGGACAUGGCUGCCAAACCUAUUGUUGAAUCCUCUUCAUCCUUGCCCAUGUACGCAUCUCUGGCUGGCAAUUUGAAAUCUGUCAACAAACUUAUGUACGUUGAACCGCCGAACGCACGAUAUGCGGGCAAUGUUGGGGAUACUGUUGUUGGUAGGAUAACAGAAGUAGAACAACGGCGUUGGAAGGUCGACGUAAAUUCUUACCAGCUUGCAAAUCUGUCGCUUGCCAACGUUAAACUUCCAACUGGUGAGCUGCGUCGAAAAUCCGAAGAUGAUGAAAGGGCUAUGCGGUCUUUCAUGCGCGUGAGUCUUCGGUAUUUAUUUUUUCGGUUCAUUUAA